AUGUCGUACAGCAAGCAACCUUCUGAAUAUCAGCCCAGAAAAAUCGGUGCCCUGCACACGAAUGAGUUCAGAUGCUACAUCGAGAAAGAUGGCACACCAAUUUCGCCCUUCCAUGACAUUCCCCUCUAUGCCAAUGAGCAGCAAACCAUCCUGAACAUGAUCGUUGAGAUCCCCCGAUGGUCCAACGCAAAGCUUGAGAUUUCCAAGGACGAAUUCCUGAAUCCCAUCAAGCAAGACAUCAAGAAGGGCAAGCUCCGAUUUGUUCGCAACUGCUUCCCCCACAAGGGCUAUCUCUGGAACUAUGGUGCUUUCCCAAGAACCUGGGAAGAUCCCAAUGUCGUCCACCCUGAGACCAAGGCCAAGGGUGACAACGACCCGUUGGACGUCUGUGAAAUUGGCGAGCUGGUCGGCUACACUGGUCAGAUCAAGCAGGUCAAGGUCCUCGGUGUCAUGGCACUUCUCGACGAAGAAGAGACUGACUGGAAGAUCAUUGUCAUCGACAUCAACGAUCCUCUUGCCCCCAAGCUGAACGAUAUCGAAGACGUUGAGCGUCAUCUUCCUGGCCUUCUCCGAGCUACAAACGAAUGGUUCCGCAUCUACAAGAUCCCAGAUGGCAAGCCCGAGAAUCAAUUCGCAUUCAGUGGCGAAUGCAAAAACAAGAAAUACGCCGAGGAGAUUAUCCGUGAAUGCAGUGAUGCUUGGGAACGUCUGAUCACGGGCAAGCAACAACGCGGCGACAUCAAUCUGGCCAAUGUCACAAAUACCAGCUCGCCAGACCGUGUUGAUCCAUCGCAACUCUCCAAGAUCCCUCCCGGACAGAACCUCCCCCCUGCGCCAAUCGACGGGAGCGUUGACAAGUGGUUCUUCAUCUCUGGUGCGGCCGUCUAA